CGUUGACGAUGUUGGUGAAUUUAUUGAAACGUUUGAUAAACUUGUCACCUUGUGUCCAAAGUUAUACUCAUUUAUACAACAAGAACGAUAAAAAUUACAAAGAUUAUUUAAUGAAGGAAAAGUUCUGGAAAGAAAUUGCAGAAACAUGCAAUGUAUCAGUUAAUGAAGUACAAUAUAGAUGGAAAAAACUAAAAGAUAGAUAUAUCAAAGAAAGAAGAUUAAACGAAAAUGCAACGCGCAGUGGCAGUGGCAAGCAACAAAAUAAACAGUGGCCAUUAUUCAAAAGACCAUCAGUAAUGUUUCAUUUCUCACUGAAUCUCAGAACAAAUCGUCCAAAGAAUUAAAUUUAAGUCCGAAC